AUGGAAGACUCCGAACAUAUUAGCGUACUUAUGGAAGGCAGUGAAAUACCACCGGCGGCGACCAUUGGUGAGGCUGACAAACCUAGCAACGACACAGCAACUGGAAUUGGAUCGACACUCACAGCUGGUAGUGCACCGUAUUGUCACGCAUCAACGCCCACUACUCACCCUUCGACAUUUACAGUACCGGGCGUGAACAACGCAUCCAUGAUAACAUCAGUUCAUGGAACUCAACCGCACUACAUGGUAUAUAGCACCAGUGCACCGCUGUUUCAAACCGCGGCAGUCAACGCAUUUACAAGCACGUGGGGGCCCGGCAUUGCUAAUGGUGCCAUACCUAACCUCACUUCGGCUGCUAUGCCUUGCAGCGCGCUAACCUAUCCAACGUUCGGCAAUACAUUUCGGCCAUUUUGUUCACAGACGAAUAUGCAUAGCCGUGUGGCACCACAACCGAAUACUUCUGUUUUCAUGCAGCCGAACAUUACGCCAUCGUGUAACCAAACGCGCGACCCCUCUUAUAAUGUUUUCAGCCAAUAUAGCACAUCCGACGUCAACUUAACACCAACGCAGAUUUCCAGCAGGCAAGUGAUAACCAAGGAUUUACCAACCUUUUCCGGCAGGCCUGAGGACUGGCCCCUAUUCAUCACGAAUUACGAGCAGUCUACCGAGCGAUGUGGCUUCACCGAUCAAGAAAACCUGAUCAGACUACAAAAGUGUUUAAAGGGACCAGCUCUCGAAGCGGUGCGUGGUAGGUUAAUGAUGCCAGCAACAGUAGGUCUGGCAAUCAACACAUUGAGAAUGCUUUAUGGUAGGCCUGACAUUAUUCAUCAAACAAUGCAGAUGAAAUUGAGACAAGAGCCAGCAGUUAGGGCCGAUAAAUUGGAAACGCUCAUAGCAUUUUCACUUGCAGUGCAAAACUAUCGCGCUACGAUCCAGGCGGUAGGCCUGGCCGAUUAUUUAAACGAUCCUGUGUUGCUUAAUGACUUGAUAGCCAAAUUGCCAAGCGAUCUAAGGCUCAAUUGGGGCGGUUAUCGUAUGUCGCUCAGUCGCGUCGACAUUGCUGUGUUUGACGAUUGGCUUUUCGGACUUGCUACAUGCGCGAGUCAAGUUACAAGAUGUGAGCCACCCACAACCACAGCCGCCUUUGAAAAUAUUGAAGUAAAGAAAGGCCGCAAUUCCCACAAGGCGAGAAUUUUAGUUCAUGAAGUUAUCGGAAGAAAUGUAGAAGUAAACGCGAAGGUGACUAUAUGCCCAAAGUGUGGCGCCAACCAUAAGCUGUCAGACUGUGCAGAAUUUACUGCGCUCUCGCGAAGUGAUCGAUGGCUGUUUGUACGAGAGAAAAAACUUUGCUUACGCUGUUUCAAUUCUCAUUAUGUUCGCCGAUGCAAUCUGAAGAAUAGGUGUGGGGUUGACGGCUGCCAGAUGGCACACAACGCUCUUCUGCAUACGCCUGUUCCCGUUAAGAGCAACGUCGGUCAUGAGCAAACAGCGCUAUACCACGAACGUCAUUCAGGCUCACCAAAGGAGAAGCAGAACUCGCUAUUUAGGUACGUCGCCGUUACUGUUCGUAACGCAUCCAAAUCUGUUGACACAUAUGCACUCAUCGACGAAGGCGCGUCUUGCACUUUAAUUGAGAACGAGCUUGCAGAUUACCUUGAAUUAGACGGGCCGUCCGAGGCGUUGUGUCUGCGAUGGACUAACGAAAUUACUCAAAGCGAAAAUAACUCCAAGUUUGUAAGUUUUGAGAUCGCAUCGACACAGUUGGGCUCUCCAAACUACUUGUUAAGAGGCGUACGCACUAUUGCUCGUUUAGGCCUGCCUGUUCAAACAUUGGACCGCGAUACCAUGGAGAAGCAUGCCCAUCUCAGAGGUCUACCUAUAUUGCCAUACAACGGUGCAAGGGCUCGAAUUCUUAUCGGAGUCGACAACGCGAAAGUCUGUGUGCCAAUUGAAGUUAAGGAGAGUAGCACCUCCAACCUGAUUGCUGCUAGAUGCCGGCUGGGAUGGACCGUUUACGGUCGAGACACAUCUGAACACGCAGUGAUGCCCCGCGUGCUCCACAUCUGCAGCUGCGAUCCUACGAGCAGGGACCGAAUGGACGAACAGAUGAAGGCGUAUUUUGCUAUCGACGCUAUCGGUGUCUAUGCGCCAGCUAAACCGCUUCGGUCAAAGGAUGAUGAACGUGCUUUACAACUGAUGGAAAAAUUCACCAAGUUUCUGCCGACAGAGAAGAGGUGGGAAACAAGAUUGCUAUGGAAACAAGACGUCGUCGAUUUACCCGAUUCACUUCCUAUGGCACGCCGUCGACUAAUGUGCUUGGAAUCCAAGAUGAAGCGGGAUCCUGAACUCCACCGUUUUAUCGUCGACAAAAUUGACGAUUACAAGAAAAAGGGUUACAUACGCAAAUUGGAGUCGCUCGAAACAUCGAUAGGUGGCAGAUCGUGGUACCUUCCUAUAUUCACGGUGCUCAACGUUAACAAAAACAAAACUAGAUUGGUAUGGGACGCUGCAGCCAAAGCUGGAAAUACUGCACUUAACAACAUGCUGUUAAAAGGACCUGAUCAGCUAAACUCGAUGAUGGGUAUUCUUCUUCGCUUCCGCGAAAGGCCCUUUGCAAUAUGCGGAGAUUUACGCGAGAUGUUUCACCAAAUUAAGGUAGCCAAAGAGGACCAAAUGGCGCAGAAGUUUUUAUGGCGCGACGGUGAGUCUAAUCGGCAGCCAGAUGUAUAUGCCAUGUGUGUGUUGACUUUCGGCGCUUCGUGUUCUCCUUCGCUAGCGAACUACGUAAAAAACCAAAAUGCACAACGUUUUUCCGAAAACUAUCCCGAAGCUGUACAAGCCAUUAUAAAUAACACUUUCGUCGAUGAUUGGCUUCAGAGUGCAGACAAUGAGGAAGAGUUAUCGCGUUUGGCUACUGUUGUUCGCUGGAUCCAUAACGAAGGAGGUUUCGGGAUGCGAAACUGGGUAUCCAAUUCCAAGAAAACUUUGACUGCACUCUCCGCUAACAGCACGCUGCUAUCCAGAUGUUUUGAGGAGCCUGAAGCUACUAUCGAAAAGGUGCUUGGAAUGUGGUGGUUACCAGCAUCGGAUGAGCUUACCUUUGUGGAAAAGUUUCCUAAAGAAGUUUUUGAUGAGCACACAUUUCCAUCGAAGCGACAAGUUUUGCGUACAAUCAUGAAAAUAUUCGAUCCCCUUGGACUGCUCGGGUAUGUCAUCAUACAAGCAAAAAUCAUCCUACAGGACAUUUGGCGUUCAGGUGUUAAUUGGGACGAGCCUAUCAGAGAGGAUGAUCGCAGUAACUGGUGGAACUGGUUGAAAAGAAUUUCUUCGAUAAACAACGUCAAAAUUCCUCGGUGCUACUUACUUUCCAGCUGUAGCCAGAGUAACCAGUUGCACAUUUUCGUGGAUGCAAGUAUCAACGCUUAUGCUGCUGUGGCGUAUUUGCGUGCUAAAGUUGGUAACGCGGUGAACUGUUCAUUGCUGGCUUCGAAGACAAGGGUCACACCAUUGAAGCCCAUUUCAAUACCGAGGUUGGAGUUAAUGGCAGCAGUUCUGGGUCUGCGGUUGGCAAUUUUUAUAGGCAAGCAACUUUCUGUUCAGGUAAGCCGUAGAAUUUUUUGGACAGAUUCGAAAAACGUGAUAUGCUGGGUGCGUUCAGAUGCAAGAAAGUUCCACCAAUUUGUUGCGUUACGUGUCGGCGAAAUUCUUGAGGGUUCCAGCGCUAAAGAGUGGAGGUGGUUGCCAUCUUCUGAAAACAUCGCUGAUGAGGGCACAAAAUGGUCCGACGUUCGCAAUUUUGACGACAAUGCACGCUGGUUUCGAGGGCCAAAGUUCUUAGCCCAGCCCGAAUCUAGUUGGCCUGUAGGGGAGCUAGUAGGCGCUACAUCAGAGCUGCACCACAUAAGUACAAGUACACCAUUGUUCCCCACCCUGUCAGUAAUUUCUCCAGACGUACGAAGGUUUAGCACAUGGGAGAGACUGCUUUCCACACAACAAAUUGUUUUGCGUUUCCUGCGCCGGAUCUUGAAGUUUACGCCACGUUCGCUACUAAGACUUUUCGAAUUGCGCGAUAUUCAAGCAGCAGAGCAAAUUCUUAUUUCCGUAAGCCAGGAAAAUGCGUUUAGCGAAGAAGUCAAAAGCCUACAACACGGUCAAAAUAUUCAACGGCAGUCUGCUAUAUAUAAAUGGUCGCCGUAUCUGGACGAGGUUGGGAUUCUUCGCGUGAAAGGUCGAAUCGACUUCUUAGAAGGAGUAGCAGUCGAUGUUAAGCGACCUAUAAUACUACCGAAAAAUCAUACAGUAACGCGUUUGAUAAUUGAUUUUUACCAUAGAAAAUUUCACCACCAUCAUAAUGAGAUUAUUGUCAAUGAGAUGCGCCAGCGAUACUGCGUCGGUGCUUUGCGAUCGAUGGUAAAGGAGUGCGCCAAAAGAUGCCAAAUAUGUCGCAAUCGUAAAACUAAGCCGCAACCGCCUCAAAUGGGAAGUCUACCUGUAGAACGACUGUCACCAUUUACAAAGCCAUUCACGUUUACAGGAGUGGACUAUUUUGGCCCUAUCGACGUAGCUGUUGGCCGGCGGCGUGAAAAACGUUGGGCGUGUUAUUUACGUGCCUGA